AGCCGGUCGAAGCUUGAGUGUGCCAGGCCCAGGGGAGGCCACGGCCGCGGCGGGAUCCCGCUUCCUGUAGUCUCACUGGCACUUGCUUUACCCAGGUGCCCACGUCGGGGCCGUGGGGACCGCCCCGGGAGCGUUCGGGAAGAUGCCGUACCUCGGCUCGGAGGACGUGGUGAAGGAGCUGAAGCGGGCUCUGUGUAACCCUCACAUUCAGGCCGACAGGCUGCGCUACCGGAAUGUGAUCCAGCGAGUGAUUAGGCACAUGACUCAAGGUGUGGACAUGUCUGGUGUUUUCAUGGAAAUGGUAAAGGCCAGUGCCACCGUCGAUAUUGUUCAGAAGAAGCUGGUGUAUCACUACAUGUGCACAUACGCCCCGCUGAAGCCUGAUCUGGCUCUCCUGGCCAUCAACACGCUGUGCAAGGACUGUUCGGACCCCAACCCAAUGGUGCGAGGGCUGGCCCUACGGAGCAUGUGUAGCCUCAGGAUGCCCGGCGUGCAGGAGUACAUCCAGCAGCCUGUCCACGGUCUGCGGGACAAGGCUUCGUACGUCAGGCGGGUGGCGGUCCUUGGCUGUGCCAAGAUGCAUAAUCUUCACGGGGACUCUGAAGUGGAUGGUGCCCUGGUAAAUGAACUAUACAGUUUGCUGCGUGACCAGGACCCAAUUGUGGUGGUAAACUGCCUGAGGUCUCUAGAGGAAAUUCUGAAACAGGAAGGAGGUGUUGUCAUCAAUAAGCCCAUCGCCCACCAUCUCUUAAAUCGAAUGCCCAAACUGGACCAGUGGGGUCAGGCCGAAGUACUGAACUUCCUGCUGCGCUACCAACCCCGCAGUGAGGAGGAACUGUUUGACAUUCUCAAUCUCUUGGACGGCUUCCUCAAGAGCAGUAGCCCAAGCGUGGUGAUGGGGGCCACCAAACUCUUUCUGAUCCUGGCAAAGCAGUUCCCCCACGUGCAAACGGAUGUGCUCGUGCGAGUCAAGGGACCGUUGCUGGCGGCCUGCUCGUCAGAGAGCCGCGAGCUCUGUUUCGUGGCCCUCUGUCACGUGCGCCAGAUCCUGCACAGUUUGCCGGGCCACUUUAGCGGCCACUACAAGAAGUUUUUCUGCUCCUACUCGGAGCCGCACUACAUCAAGCUGAAGAAGGUGGAGGUGCUGUGUGAGCUGGUGAACGACGAGAACGUGCAGCAGGUGCUGGAGGAGCUUCGAGGGUACUGCACUGACGUGUCUGCUGACUUCGCGCAGGCUGCCAUCUCCGCCAUAGGGGGCGUCGCCAGGACCUACACGGACCAGUGUGUGCAGAUCCUAACCGAGCUGCUGGGGCUUCGGCAGGAGCACCUCACCACAGUGGUGGUGCAGACCUUCCGAGACCUGGUGUGGCUGUGUCCUCAGUGCACGGACGCCGUGUGUCAGGCCCUGCCCGGCUGCGAGGACACCAUUCAGGACAGCGAGGGGAAGCAGGCACUCAUUUGGCUACUUGGUGUCCAUGGAGAAAGGAUUCCCAAUGCUCCUUAUGUGCUGGAAGACUUUGCAGAGAACGUGAAGUCGGAGACGUUUCCCGCUGUGAAGAUGGAGCUCCUCACGGCACUGCUGCGCCUGUUCCUCUCGCGCCCCGCCGAGUGCCAGGACGCGCUGGGGCGCCUGUUGUGUUACUGCAUAGAGGAAGAAAAGGACAUGGCAGUACGGGACCGAGGUCUCUUCUAUUAUCGCCUCCUCUUAGCCGGCGUCGAUGAAGCUAAGCGGGUCCUGUGUAGCCCUAAAUCUGACCCUUCUCUGGGACUUUUGGAGGAUCAGGCAGAAAGACCUGUGAAUAGCUGGGCCUCAGACUUCAACACGCUGGUGCCAGUAUAUGGCAAAGCCCGCUGGGCCACCAUCUCCAAAUGCCAGGGGACGGAGCGUCGUGGCCCAGAGCUGCCCAGCACUGCAGCCUUUGCCGCAUCAGGACCCCUGAUUCCUGAAGAGAACAAGGAGAAGGUGGAAGAACUGCCCGACUCCGGAGCCCUCGUGCUAGUCCCCAACCACCACCUCGCUGCUGAGACUUUUGAGAAAGCUUGGCUCAGCCUCGAAGUCGCCCAUCGGCAGGUGCUCCCUUGGCAGGGAGCAGUCCACCCCGACACGCUCCAGAUGGCCCUGCAAGUCGUGAACAUCCAGACCAUCGCAGUGAGCAGGGCGGGGGCCCAGCCCUGGAAAGCCUACCUCAGUGCUCAGGAUGACACCGGCUGUCUGUUCUUAACGGAGCUGCUGUGGGAGCCCGAGACCUUGGCCAUGCAGGUCUCCGUGAAGCAAAGCGAGGCGAGGGCCGACACCCUGGGCAGCUUCACCUCUGUGCUCGGAACUGUGCUCGGAACCGUUGGAGACAUCAAAUCCUAGCCGCGUCGUGCCGCCUGUCCGGAGUAAGGUGAACAGCUGGCGGAGUUUCUCAGUCUUUCUGGUUGGAGCUGCUUGUAAGUCCAGAUAAUACCAAACGCAAAGGAGAUUGGGAAAUCUGGGACUCAGGAUUCUUAUGUUUUUGUCCGAAAACCAUUGACUUACUCCUCUCAGACCUACUGGUGAAUGACUGCAUCUUUCCAGGUGAUGUCAUGGAGGUCAAUGGUGGCGAGGGGAUGGGAAUGGGGUCAGGAGAGGGUGUGCGCUCUUUUCUGAUCAGUUCAGGGAGUUUCACUAAUUAAAGGCGCUCGAUGUGUGUAGAUGCCGAUGGAGUCAUC